GCUACACUAAACGAAUUGUCAAACAAAUUUCUACCCCACAGACGAUCGUGUGGCACAAAAUUCUCUACAUCCCUCAACCGAAAUUUGCAAUGUUUUUAUACGAGUCGAUGUUAAAUUUUGAAACUUAUCAGAUACUAUGGUGUCAAAAUGUCCUACAACCCUUCGAAAGCAUACUCUGGUUCUUCAGUGUGUUCACAAACAUGGCAACUGUUUACAGUCAUGUGUUUCCACUAUUGUAUUUGUACAGUCCGGAAUUUUACGUACGAACACUGUUAACGUCGAUAGGCUCGAAUAUGCUUAUGACUCUGUUGAAGUGGAUACUUUCUGAGGGAAGGCCAUACUGGUAUGUGUUCUCAAUGCAAAACGGACCAGUUCUUCGACAAACGGACAUCACCUGUGAAACGUCGCCGGGAAAUCCUUCAGGUCACGUUUUGUUUCAAGCAGCAUUUUUAUACGUCGUUAUAACCGAGCUAAUGACUCAACUACAUAAGAAACACAUGCUGACCAAAAAGUCUAGCAACAUCUUGGGUUGGAUCAUCUAUCUAUGCCUAAUCAAUAUGGUGGCACUGUCGAGAAUGUACUUUGCAUGCCAUUUCUUUCAUCAGUGCUUGCUGGGUGCUAUUUUGGGUCACUUUAUCGCACGGUAUAUGAUUCGGAACACGACUACAAUGGAUACAGUCUACAGCUACAGUAAAUCACAAAUGCUGGCGAUAGGCAUUAUCGUUGCUAUCGCUGCAAUCGGUAUCUUCUUUGGACAGAAGUUAUUCGGUCGUGAUCCGUUAUGGAGUAUAAAAAUUGCCUUCAAUCGAUGCGAAAACCCUCUGUUUCUUAGACCCGACUCGACACCCGUUUCUGCGAUAGUUAGAGACUUGGGACUUUUCGCUGGAGUCAUUUUGUCAGCGCCGUUAAAGUCACGAUUUGAGAAUUCUAGUCAUUGGUUGAUCAAAUUUUGCCUGGCUGUGAUUACAAUAAUUGCAUAUCAUGCAGCUGUUUCAAUAAUGCCACACAAUCGUGGAGUGCUGAUCUAUUAUUGCUACUCAUUUAUUAUUCAACUCUUUAGUGUUUUUGUGCUGCUCAACUACGACUCAGUGUGGCAGUAUGUGUCGCGUCGUUGCGAAUCAAAAUUGAAAUUAAAUUAAAGCGAAAAACA